AUGCCACAGUUCUAUAAAACAAAGAAGUGUCCAUGGUUUGCAGUAGGUCGUUGUAGGAUGGACAAAGAUUGUAAUUGGGCUCAUUCUCCUGAUGAAUUGAGACCUAGUGUUGAUUUAACAAGGACAAAGUUAUGUGAUAGACAGUUAAAAGAGGGGGAGUGUAAAGAUCCUCAAUGUAGAUAUGCCCACUCAAGAAAAGAGUUAAGAGCAACAUCGGAUCUAUUCAAGACUUCUCUAUGUAUAUAUUGGUUAAAAGGAAGUUGCGCAGUAGGUGAAUCCUGUCGCUAUGCUCAUGGUGUCCAUGAAUUGCGAAGUAAGCCUCAAAAAGGAGAAUUCAUACCCUUAGAGGUUGAGACACUUCCAGUACCACUAGAAAAACUGAGAAUACAGCAAAGAAAGCUUUUAACAGAUGAUCACAUGAUUAAUCUCAAUCACUUAAGUACUUCUACUACAUUAGCCAGUACAAAUACUCCAACGAAUUUAAAUUCAUCAUCUCUAGAUGAAUCAAUAGAUAAAUCUAUUGGUUCACUACCUCCAUUUGUAGCUAAUCUAUUUGAUGUAGAAGAUUGUGAAGUUUCUCAUCCAAGUGAAGAAGUUACAUGGUCCAUUGAUAAUUUCAAUAUACCCACAUCUUUCACUCCACUAAGUUUACUUGAUAUUCCUCUUGUUUGGGUAGAUAACUUGAAUAAGGAUGACAAUAUACAUAGUGAAGAUAUUAGGCCACAAGACAUAAAAUCAACUGUGAAUUUCUAUUCUGAUAGUUUAGAAGAUUUAUAUUCACAUACACCCUCUACUGCAGCUAGUAUUAGAGACAAAACUGGUAUAUAG